GUUAACAAAACUUGACGUUUCCUUUUUGUACAUUGACUAGAGCUAGCUAUCGCGCACAUCGUGUGCGAUAUACGUCUUAUUGAUUUACUAGUAUUAUUGUUAUUACUGGUCUGGUAACUGCUAUUUAAAGAUGAAUACGGUUCUGUCGAGAGCUAACUCUUUGUUCGCCUUCUCUCUGAGCGUCAUGGCGGCCUUAACUUUCGGCUGUUUCAUCACAACAGCGUUCAAAGACAGAAGAGUUCCUGUGGACAUCCACGUCUCUAAAGUCAUGCUGAAGAAUGUCGAUGACUUCACAGGACCCAGAGAGCGCAGUGAUCUGGGUUUUAUCACCUUUGACCUCUCAGCUGAUUUGCAACCAAUUUUUGACUGGAAUGUUAAACAGCUGUUUCUCUAUCUAUCUGCUGAGUACGCCACAAAGAGCAAUUCUCUGAACCAGGUAGUGCUGUGGGAUAAGAUUGUCCUUCGAGGUGAAAACACCAAACUGAACCUCAGAGACAUGAAGUCCAAAUACUUCUUCUUUGAUGAUGGAAAUGGACUCAGGGCCAAUAAAAACAUCACUCUGACACUGUCAUGGAAUGUUGUUCCCAACGCUGGAAUCCUGCCUCUAGUGGCUGGAAGUGGACACGUCAGCCUUCCUUUCCCUGAGACAUACGAGACCACCAAGAGCUAUUAGACACAGUCAGACACACAUCCAGCCAGUUUCAACACAUACUGUACACACAGACCAAUGGAAGCAAGACAAGCACAGGCACAAACUGAUGGCUCACUCACACUUUACACUGGUCUUUCUUCAUAGAUGUAAAUUAAUUUUUGGUUUGUAAUAAAAGUUGAGAUUGGAAAACUUUGUUUCUCUGUAUGAGUUUUAAAUAAACCAAUAUAAUGUACACUGAUGACAGAUGAAGAGUUACUUCAACCAAAUCACAAAAAACGCAUUGUGUCUCACCCCCCCUUACAUGCAAACAUUGUUGGUGUUCAUUUGAUGAGAACAAAACAAAGAGGCUUUUGAACAUCAUCAGUAUUGAGAUUGGAAAAUGUGACACAUCCAUAAUCUGUGCUCAUAUUGAUUGUGUUUAUGAAUCAUUUUAUCAUUAAUGAAUAAAGAUUUCAUAUUAA